AUAAAAUUGCUCAUAGUUGUUGAAGCAAAUCCGGCUUUCAGACGAAAUUCAAUCCACGAAUUCAUUUGGUCAUUUGGUCAUUUCGGGCAGGUCCACACAGUAUAUGCAAUGAUAGAAAGGCAUGGGUAGAUAUUAUGGAGCUCGUUUGGUCUCAUUGAUAACUGGCGCGGCGUGCUUGCGCGCUGGCCCUGCGCCAGGCGGGCGCACCCCUGUGGCCUCCGCCAGUCGGGGCCUGUCCGGUGUUCCUGUCCCCCGGGGCUUCUCAGGGACGUAGAUGAUGGAGAAGGGGCAAAAGCAACAGGAUGCGCAGCAGCAGCAACAGGGGCUGCAGGUCUCGGCCCCAUCACGAGAGCAGGUGCAGCAGCGGGCCGAGGCGCUUGCUCGGGAGGUGCUGGUGCAGGGGCUGCGUGAGGCAGCGGCGGGCGCCAAGCCCGGCCGUCGCGGCGGCUGCCGCCAUGGAGGUGUAGAAGGUGCAGGCGCGGAUGCAGAUGGCGACGCGGAUGCGAGUGGGGGUGACGGUGGUGGGCCGGAGCCACGGCCACACCAGGUGGAGGCAGUGGCCGCGCUGCUGUGCGCCGUGUACUGGGACCCCCUGGACGCCCCAGCCUCCUCCUCCGCCACCUCAGCAGCCUCCUCAGGCCCCGCCGCCUCAGGCCCCGCCGCCUCAGGCCCCGCCUCCUCAGGCCCCGCCGCCUCAGGCCCUGCCACCGACGCCCCGCCUGUCAACUACCUGUUACAGCACUCCACCGGCAGUGGCAAGAGCUUCACCAUCGCGGCGCUGGCCACGGCGCUGGCGGGCUGGCGCGACGGCGCGGGGGGCGGGUUUGGCACGGUGCUGGUCCUGAACGACCGCCUGCAGCUGGACGUGCAGCUAGGCGGCUGCGUGGAAGCGUUCUGGAGGGGCAACGGACGCCCUCCUGGCGGCCUGCGCCGCGCCACCACCACUCGCGAGCUGGCGGGCUUCCUGGCGGCCCCGCCCGGCAGCCCCGGCCGCCCCGCUGUGGUGCUGACCACAGUGCAGAAGCUGGCCACGCUGUGGCGGGCGCGCGGUGGCCGGGUCGGAGGCGGGAGUGGGGGAGGCGGAGGAGGCAGGGGCAAGGCAGCGGCGUCUGGUGGGGAGGCUCUGCUGAGCCGUAUCGCAGUGAUAGCUGACGAGGCGCACAGGCACCACGGCCACGGCACCACAGACCAGAUCCACCAAAUCCUGGCGGGUGCGCUGGCGGCUGGCGGCGUAGGCGGCGGCGAGGCGGCGGCAGGAGCAGCGCCGGGGCGGGGCCCGGCGGCGGCUGCGGGCGUUGGUGCGGGAGGCAGCAGCGGACACAGCAAGUUGCGGCCGCAGCAGCGGCGGCAGCCGCGCGGGGUCACCUACGUCGGCUUCACGGCGACUCCGUCUCCCAAGGCGCUGGAGCUGUUUGGUGUGGCCACCGAGGUGCCCGCCGAUCCCACUGCGCCUGAUGGGGAUGCCGCCGCGGCCGGCGGCCGCGGAGACGGCGGCAUCGAGGCACUGCUCCUGGAGGGAGACGGCGCUGGGGCAGGGGCGGGGGCAGGCGGCGGCUCCCGGGGGACGGGCGCGGAGCCGCCUGCCAUGCUGUACACGCCGUACCACGCCUACACCAUGCGCAACGCCAUCCAGGACGGGUUCGUGCUGGACGUGCUUCGCUCCUACACCGCCGUCACGCCGCGGCUGCAGCUGGCCGCCAGGCGGGAGGGGGCGGCGGGCGUGGACCAGGAGGCAAAGGCGCAGGAGGCCGGCGGGGCGGAGGGCGCGGAGGAGGCGGAGGGGAACGCAAAGGGGGGCGCGGGCGAGGUCGAGGACGGCGGCGGCGGCGGCCCCGGCGUGGCGGAGGAGGUGCUGGUGGAGGCGGCUUCCAACAGCCGGGAGGUCGUGGAGCGCAAGGCCGCCUACAUCGUGCAGCGCUUCCUGGCUCUGUGGCGCACUGCCUCCGCCGCCGGCUACAGCUGCCUGCGGGGUAUGGUGGUGGCGCGCAGCCGGCAGCACGUGGCCUGGUACACACAGGCGCUGCGCCAGGCUGUGUCCCAGGAGCCCGAGUUCGCACGCCUGGCGGAGGCCGCAGCGGCUGCCGACCCGUCCGACGCCGCCUCCUCCUGCCGCGGCCCGUCAGUGUACGGCGCAUUCAGCGGCGCCGUACAACUGCCGGCGGCAGAGCUGGCCGCGCUGCGGCGGCGGCUGAAUCAGCAGCAGCUGGAGCGGUGGCGGCGCUGGCAGGCGGGCGCGGACUGGGGGCAGGGUGUAGAAGAUGUGGACGUAGCGGGGUCUGCAGCAGGUGGGGAUGGGGAUGGUGGGGAGGAUGGGCGGCAGCGGCGGCCGUCAAAGCGCCGGCGGCAGGACCCGGGGCCGGUGAGCGCGUGGGACGCAGCGCUGGCGCACUUGGACGGCGUGGAGGAGGACGCUGCCGGUGAAGAGGAGAAGCGGGCAACGAAGCAGCAGCGGCAGCAGCACCAGCAGCAGCGGCGCCGGCGCGGAACGGUGAAGAGCGACAGCGAAGAGUUGGAGGCGGGGCAUGAUUGGGAGGCGGAGGAGGAAUGCAGCGACAGCGACAGUGCUGGAAGCGCCAGCGAUGGCACCCCUAGUGACGGGGACAGUGAGUACGAGCUCAAUGAAGAGGAGGAGGAAGAGGAGGAGGAGGAGUCAGAGGAGGGCGAUGGCUCCGAUAGCGCUGAAGAGGAUGAGGAAGAGGAGGACUGCGGCAAGCAGCGCUGCGGCGGGCCCCGCGGCCGCCGCGGCCACGGCCGAGUGGGCAGAGCGAGCCAGGCCGAGGACGACCCAGGGGGGAGCAACGGCAGUGACGGAGACGGCGGCGGGGGUGACGGCAGUUCAGACUUGGAAGGCGGCGGCGGCGGUGCAGCACGCAAGCGGCCACGGCGGGAGGACUCAGCCCUCACGCCGGGCGCCCAGGGGGACGGGCUCAGCGGUCGGAGCUCGGGGGCGGCGGCAGCGCCUGGAGGAGCUGGCGGAGGAGCUGGCGGCGGGAUGUCGGUGUCUAUGUUCGGCCCGCCCGACAGCAGUGUCACAACCGGCCCAGUCACAGCCGGCCCAGCCGCAGCAGCCGCAGCAGCCGCAGCACGCACAGCGUCCGCCGGGGUACGGCGACAGGCCAGCCGCCUCACAGUGACCUCCCGCGCCGCGGUCCCCGCUCCUGAUGGAGUAGAGGCGGCGGAUGUGGCAGUGGCGGGAGCGGGUGCGUGUGGCGGUGAUGAGUCAGGACCAGCGGCGACAAUUGAAGCAGGCCCCGACAGCGGCCUUGGCGGCUGUAGCACGCCGCUGCGGCCUCGGCGCCUGACCCGUGCCAGCUCCUCCACGGCUGUAGCAGGCCCCCUCGAGCAGCGGCGACAGCAGCGGCUAGGGACAGACGAGGAGCUGGCGGACGCAGAUGACGAGGACGAGGUGGCGGAGGCGCAGGAGGAGGAGGUUGUGAUGGUGCCGGUCACGGAAGCCGAACUCAAUGGCAGUGGUGCUGGCGGCGGGGGGCGUGGUGCCGCCGACCCCCGCGCUGCACGGCUGCUGGUGGUGUGCAGCAAGUACGAGACCGGCUAUGAUGACCCCCGACUAGGGGCGCUGUUCAUCGAUAGGACGCUGACGGGCUCCCGGGCGGUGCAGGUGCUGGGCCGCCUCAACCGGCCCGCCCCCAGCCUGGGCAAGGCGCCGGGGCUGCUGGGUGUGGUGGACUUUGUGAACGGCGUGGGCGGCCUGCGGGAGGCAUUUGAGGAGUUCUAUGACGUCACCUACCUGCACACCGGCAAGCACGCUCGGCGGCUGCGCCAGGAGCGCCAAAUGGAGCGCGCGCUGUGCCGCAUACUGGAGGCCCUGCAGCCCGCAGCAGACAGAGCCGCCGCCGCCGCCGCUGCUGCCGCUGCUACAGUCACCGGAGGUGGCAACAGCGGCAGCGGCAACCUGAUGGCGAUGGGGGUGCGGGAGAUUGCGGCGGCAGCUGGCGCGCACCUGCCUCCAGAGGUCCGGCGGGCGCUGGAGUCCGACCUGUCUGUCUACACGGCUCUGGCUGGGUCGUUGCGGCUGGAGCUGCCGGAGCUGCCGCACGUGUUCGCGGCGGCACUGCUCGCGCGGCUGACAGCAGACCGCGAGGCGCGCGAACGGCAGGCGGCGGCGCUGGGGCUGGCGGCAGCGGCGGCGGCGGCUGGAGGCGGCGCAGACGCCGAGGAGGCGGGCGGCGGCGCUGGGGCCGGCGCGGCUGCCAUUGCGCUGUCCGCGGUGCAGGUGGCUGUGUGUGAGCUGGAGGAGACGUUCAGCGGCGCUAUCUGCCUCGCAGGCCCCUCACCUCUGGGGCUGCUGCCGACGGCGGCUGUAGCAGCAGGAGCGGAGGGCACACCCGCAGAUGGGGUUGAAGCGGGGGCGCAGGCAGCAACCACCCUGGCGGGCACUGAGCACGGUAUCGUGCUGGGAGGGAGAGGCUUUCUGGCUGCUUCGCUUGCCCGGGGUAGUAGCAGGAGUAAGAGCAGUGGAGGUAGUGGCAAUGCAUCAGGGGCUCCUGCUACAACCGGCGGCAGCACAGCCCUGUCGCGCUUUGGGCUGGCGGCGGCGGCCGCGGCACCGCUGAGGGGGCGGCCUAUUGGCGGCGGGGGCAGCAGCAGGCGCGGCGGCAAGAUUGGACGCGGCGGCGGCAGUAGCACCGGCGACCCCAGGAACGCUCUGGAUCGCAAGGUCCGCAAGAACCGGCCCAUCUCCGAGGUGAUAGCCGCCGCCAACGCUGCAUUGGACGGCGCGUACGAACGGCGGUUGGCGGCCGGCUUCAGGGACAUCUGCGCCCGACUGGCAGCCGCCAAUGCGGCGGCGGCGGCUGCAGCCACUGCUACAGCCACCGCGACGGAGGCUGCAAACGGAGGCCCUGCUACUGCCGCUGCCAGCGCCGGUGCCGCUGCUGCUACAGCCGACAGCUACGAGCUGCUGAGCCUGCUGCGGCGGCUGUCCAUGUGGCCUGUGGGGGUGGAGCAGCUCAAGGCCACGGCGGUGGGGCGGGAGGUGGCGGCGCUGAAGAAGCACGAGUGCCCGCAGGUUGCCAAUCUCGCCCGCACUCUCAUCGCACGCUGGAAGGCUGUAGCAGCCAGCCACGCUGCCGCUACAGCCGCCGCGGCGGCUGGCUCUGCCAACGGCGGCGCCGCGCAGGAUGGGCGCAAGCCCGUAGACGGCGGCGUCAAAGCCCAGCGCGCGGGGUCUGCGACACCUAGCGGCGGCGCAGCGGCCGCCGCCGCCGCGGCUGCUGCGCCGGCGAUCGACGAGGGUUUAAGGACGCGUGCUCGGGCCAUGCUCACAGAUGCGCUGAAGGCACAUGCAACUGCCGCGGCAGCUGCAGCCGCUGCCAAGGCCGCUAAAGCCCGGGCGCGCGACGGCGCCGCUGCGGCGCCGUUGGCCCCGCCCCUGCUACCCGUGGAGUCUGAGCGGCUGGCGGAGGCGGCGCGGGCUCUGGAGGAUGCCGUGUUUGGUGUGCACGGCCGAGAAGGCGCCGCAUACAAGUCGCAGACGCGGGCUCUUGUGGCUGCGCUCAGGCACGCGGACGGCGUGGCGCGCGGGCUGCUGGCCGGCAGCACGGCGGCGGCGGAGCUGGCGGCGGCCGACUCAAUGGCUCUGGCGCCGCCGCGCGUGCGGGCACAGGCGGAGGAGCUGGAGCGCAAGAAGCGAUUGGAGAUGGAGGCGUGGGAGAAGCUGGCAGGCCAGGGCGCGGGCGGGGCCUCCACCUACAAGUCCGCCGGCACCAUCUGCCCGGGCUGCGGCGGCGCGGGCGCCACGGUGCACAACGUGCUGAGCGGAGGCACGUAUGCGCAGGAGCGCGUGCAGAUCCAGAAGUUCGUGUGCGACCACUGCGGCUCCACCUGGCGCAACGACUAGAUUGGCAGCAGGCUGGCUGGCCCGGCAGGGGCUGGCGGAGCAGGAGCUGCAGGGCUCUAUCUUGUGUGUAUGUCGCGUGUGCAUGUGUUAGUUGGUUUGUGGACUGUCUCGUCGGGUGCUUCCUAUAUCGGCUGCUUGUUUGGGGAACUGGCAACAACAAAUCGUGCACCGCGCAUGCCAUUUUGUGUAUGUCUGUGUGUGUGUCGGCUGUGCUUGGGACUGAGAUGUGAUGAAUGGAUGCGAAAGGUGGGUACUGCGGGGCGCUAUUGGCGAUACGGGCGGCGGGGGAGGACGCAGAGCGGCCGCAGCUAACGUUUGUGCAGCAGGGCGGCGCGCAUAUGGCUAGAUGAGACAGUUUUGCACACAGGCCGUCCGGAGUAUGUCCGGCGACGAGGGGAGGCCGCUGCGGCGGCCGAUAGCCCCCAUCUUCCCGCAAACCGAUCUCAAGUCUUCACAAACGCACAGGGCGAAGGCAGGUCCCGUCGCUGGAUGGUGGCCGCUCCGCGCCUCCGCUUAACCCGAAGACCAGGAGAAAAUAAAAGGGCCGC